AUGAUUCGGUUGGAGUUGGCUGUCACCAUUGCGGCCGAUCCUUCAACGACUGGACCACCAGCAUCUCACAACUGGUUCUGCGACUGUCCGCUGUGCAAAGAGAAGAAUUCGUCGUCCACGGCACCAUCACGGCCACAACCUCAACUGCCAUCCUCAUAUCCCGGCAGAAACAAUCUCACCGAGAGGAGAUCGCUACUUCCCCCAGACCCGAUUCGACCAUCAGCACAGGCUUUCGGACCUACAUCGCGCGCUUUGACCGGCAGCGCUGGAGCCAUUCAGCUCCCGCCUGGCGAGACAUACGCCAGCUACCUCGUCGACCGCAUCGACGAUUCGGAAAGCCCACCCGCCCUCCUCUGGGACACACUUCGCGACCCAGCCUACCCGAACAGAGUUCUCGUCUCAGCGAGAAGCUUGAGCCAAGCCUUCGACAUCGCUGCGAGCAGGUGUGAGCAGGUAUACGACCAGCUGGUCGUAGUACUGCAAGCUCCAGUUGGAAACACCACAGUUCGCGAAGCUCUUCCGGACUUUCGACACAGUCGCUCUGUCGCGGGGUGGCUGGAGACUGUUACCAAGGUGAGAAAGGAUGCGGCGGAAGGAGGCAAGAUGAAGAGAGAAGCUGUGCUGAAAUACAUUGGAGACUACGUGGAGGCGAGGAGGGAGAUCGAAAGCGACAUCGAGCGAUUGAUCAAGGAGGUGGAGGCUUGGAGGAGGCGGCAGGAGAGCUUUGUGGAUGUGGAAUACGAAGCGACGGACUGA